AUGAAAGAAACAAUAGUUAAUGAAAUUAAUGCGAACGUAAACAAAAAAUUUGAAAAUCUAGGAAGAAAAACCCAGAGCCUAGAAAAAGUGAUUGAGGAGCAAAAGACUCUUACAGACAAAAUGGAAAAUCAAUUAAAACAAAGAAAUGUCAAAUUUUUUGGUCUGGAAGAAAAUAAAAAGCACUAUAAAGAGCUAGAAGAAAAAAUUGUUUCAAUUAUUAAUGAUUGUAUGAAAAUCCCUUGUGAAAAACGAGAUAUUGAAUAUGUUAAGAGAAUUGGAAUAAAUCAAGAUGGUAAAAUAAGACCUGUUCUUGUAACAGCAAACACCAUGGGUCAUAAGAUCAACAUACUAAAAAAUAGUAAAUAUUUAAAGGAAACGGGACUAUACAUAAAGGAACAUUAUAUACACAAAAUUUUACAAAGAAGGAAAGAGCUACAUGAAGAAUACAAAAGUAGAAAACAAAAGGGUGAAAAAAUAGUAAUGAGAAGAGACAAAAUAAUUACAUUAUAUACAAAACAAUCAAAGGAAAAUAAUUUAUUCACCAAGGAAUGCAACUACCAAAAAAACACGAAUAAAAGAAAACCUAUUUUCUCGCCGGAAACUGAAAAAACACCAUACAGAAAUAUAUUGAAUACGGCGAAAAAGAAUAAAACAAUAGAAUCAGCA